AUGGCGAACAACAACAACAAUUUAGAGUUCUCAGAUGACCCAAGGCUACAAGAGUUACAGUCAUGUGGAAUGAUAUACGAGAGCUUGAGGCUCGAAGAAGACAAGUGUGUGGCGUCGAUAACCAUCCCCCUAAAAGUUGCUCCCACAAGGCUCAACUUGAUAGAUAAGACCGAUGAGGGGGAAACGAGUGUCCUUUCUUCAGCCACCAUUACGCACUUGACCCCCAUAGAUGUCGCUAUACGGCUAGUUGAAGGCUACCCCGAGAGCCGACCUCCAGAAAUAAAAUUGAGCUGUCCAACUAUAGAUGAAGAUGUUCUUGGCAAUUUGCAACGAGAUCUACUACAAAUCUGGGACGAUUACCGGGAUCUAGUUGUGUUUAGCAUUCUUGAUCACAUCCAUCAAAACACUGAAACUAUAGCCCCGAGCAAGGUGGAGGUAUUUAGCAUCGGCGAGUUUGUCAGGAUCCUCGAGCACGACCAGUUUUGCAAGCAGGAAGAAUUCAACGGCAAAACGUUCACGUGCGAGAUUUGUCAAUCGGACUACAAGGGCACAAACUGCACCCAGUUUGAAAACUGCCAACAUGUCUUUUGCAACGAGUGCUUGACAAGCUUUUUCACCGCCAACAUCGUCUCGGGCGAGAUUGACAAGAUCCAUUGCCCCGAGUUCACCUGCACAAAGAAACAUCUAAAAGACAAAGCCGAGUUGUUGAACCUUGAAGCGUGGAUGAUGAGCAACACCAACGUGAGAGACAUUGUGAAAAAUUUGCAGACCCCUCCCGUGCCGAUGACUAUUUUGAAACAACUUCUCGCGCCAGAGCUCAUUGAGCGGUAUCUCAAGCUUUUCAAAAAUACCCAGUUUGAGCUCGUUGGUAGACUACUUCCGAACCGACUAGUCCGAUGCCCACGCACUAAUUGCGAAGAGAUGAUAUUUCGAGAAGAAUUGAACGAGCGGCUCGUGGUCUGCCCUGUGUGUCGAUAUGCCUUUUGCUUCAACUGCCUCAUGUCCUACCACGCAAGGUUCAAACAAUGCGCAAAAGUGACCGAAGACAACAGCGCAUACGGCGGGAUUCCCGUUGAGUGCUUGGAGAGUUACCCCUCACUAGCGCCCGGUUCGAACGAACGGAAAAUCCUCAAUGCAAAAUACGGAAUGAAACGGAUCCUACUAGCGGUUGACGAAUACCAAAUGGACCAACUAUUUGAGUCGAUGAUGAAGCAGGGGACAAACUUGAACAAAUGCCCCAAUUGCGGGGCUGUCAUUGAGAAAAGUGACGGUUGUAAUCGCAUGAAAUGCGGCAAGUGCGACACUCAUUUCUGCUUCAACUGCGGCGACCGCAUCGGCAAGACGUACGACCAUUUCUCAGACAAGUCGUCGAACUGUUACGGCUUGCUAUUCUUUGGCAUGCCUGGCGUCGAAGAAUAG